AGAAGAAAAAGAACGUGUGUUGUGCUCCGACUUCCAAGGGAGGCGCUAUUAAACUGUUGUUAGUAUUAUUGUCAGCAUUCCUGUUUUUUUCUAUUAUUAUUGUUAUUCAUCCCUUCUUGCCGUUGCCGUUGUUGAUUCCCGCGGAGAAGGCAGAAGCAGCAGGACAGGUAUUUCUUGUCAGCACACGACGACCUCCCUCCGCCCACGCACACACACACACACACACACCUCUUGCACGUCUAUACGAACAGCAUUUCAUCCACCAGCCUAUAUAUAUAUAUAUAUAUAUACCUCCUGUUUUUUUCUUUCUUUCUUUAAGAAGUACUAGACGUUGUACCGCACCGCUUUGUCUCUUCAAUUUGUUCCGCCUUCACGCCGUUGCCGCUGCUCCUCCGUUCGUGUUUUUGCUGAGGAACGAAAAAAAACUGAAGCGUCACGAGACCCGCCGGCCCGCCGAAGAAAAGAGGAAAAGACCUCUUCUUGUGAGUUAUGCAGUCGAACACCGUGCUGGACCCGGAGCGCGAGACGCUGCGGAACGAGGCCAUCAAGAAAACGGUGGAGCGCAACGUGACCCAGGCGCGCCUGAAGAAGGUGAACGACGACAUCCGCCAGCAGAAGCGAGAGCUCGACAAGGUGGAAGACAGCAUCAACGCCCUGCUCAGCAUCGGUCACUACGUCGGCGAGGUGCUGAAGCGUGUGGAUGAGGAGCGCUAUAUCGUCAAGAGUGUCAGCGGGGCACGCCACCUCGUCGGCUACCGCAAGAGCAUUGAUCCGAAGAAGCUGAAGUUUGGCGCGCGCGUGGCGCUGGAGAUCACAACCUUCACCAUCGUGAAGGUGCUGCCGCGCGAGGUCGAUCCGCAGGUGUACAGCAUGCAGUACAUGUCGAGCGACAAGGACAUCUCCUUCCAGGACAUCGGCGGCCUGCAGCACCAGAUGCGCGAGAUGCGUGAAGUGGUAGAGCUGCCCUUGACGAAUCCGGAGUUGUUUUCACGGGUGGGCAUUGCGGCACCGAAGGGGGUGCUGCUGUUCGGCCCGCCGGGCACCGGCAAGACGCUGCUCGCCAAGGCGAUCGCCGCGAAUGUCGAUGCAGCGUUUCUGAAGAUUGUUGCGUCGUCCAUUGUCGACAAGUACAUCGGCGAGUCCGCGCGCGUCAUUCGGGAGAUGUUCGCCUACGCGCGCGAGCACGAGCCGUGCAUCAUCUUUAUCGAUGAGGUGGACGCGAUCGGCAGCAAGCGUAUCGAGGGCUCCUCGUCCGAUCGCGAGAUUCAGCGGACGCUGAUGGAGCUGCUGAACCAGAUGGACGGCUUCGACAAGCUGGGCAAGGUGAAGGUGAUUAUGGCAACGAACCGGCCUGACACGCUCGACCCCGCGCUGAUGCGGCCCGGGCGGCUCGAUCGCAAGAUUGAGAUCAGCCUACCGAACGAGGCCGGUCGGCUUGAUAUCCUGCGCAUUCACUCCGCGAAGAUCACGAAGAAGGGAGACAUCGACUUUGACGGCGUCGUGAAGCUGUCGGAGGGGUUUAACGGGGCGGAUCUGCGUAACGUGUGCACCGAGGCCGGCAUGUUCGCCAUCCGCGCGGGGCGCGAUUACGUUGAGAACGAUGACUUCAACAAAGCGGUGCGGAAGGUGGCCGACAUGAAGCGGUUGGAGGGUACGGCGCAUCAGUACUCGGAGCAAUAA